AUGGCUUGUGAGCGUGGGAGGCAUAAUCGGAAGAUUCUCUUACGCUCUUAUCUAUCUAUCUAUCUAUCUAUCUAUCUAACUAUCUAUCUAUCUAAAUGUGUUCACAUCUAUAUAUCUCUUUAUUUUAAAUUGUUUAUAUCUAUCUAUCUAUCUAUCUAUCUAUCUAUCUAUCUAUCUAAAUGUGUUCACAUCUAUAUAUCUCUCUAUUUUAAAUUUUUCAUAUCUAUCUAUCUAUCUAUCUAUCUAUCUAUCUAUCUAAAUGUGUUCACAUCUAUAUAUCUCUUUAUUUUAAAUUGUUUAUAUCUAUCUAUCUAUCUAUCUAAAUGUGUUCACAUCUAUAUAUCUCUCUAUUUUAAAUUUUUCAUAUCUAUCUAUCUAUCUAUCUAUCUAUCUAUCUAUCUAUCUAUCUAUCUAUCUAAAUGUGUUCACAUCUAUAUAUCUCUUUAUUUUAAAUUGUUUAUAUCUAUCUAUCUAUCUAUCUAUCUAAACUUGAAUGCAUUUAUAUCUAUCUAUCUAUCUAUCUAUCUAUCUAUCUAUCUAUCUAUCUAUCUAUCUAAACUUGACCGAGAGAGUCACAGUUUGAAGAUUCUUUCUAUAUAUCUUAAAAUGUGUAUACUACUUAUUCUAAUGUCUUCAUAUCUAUGUAUCUAUCUAAAUAUGUUCAUAUCUAUCUAUCUAUCUAUCUAUCUAUCUAUCUAUCUAUCUAUCUAUCUAAAUAUGUUUAUAUCUAAAACUAAAAACAACUAA